AUGGAAUAUGCCAUGAAAUCCCUCAGCCUUCUCAACCCCAUGUCUCUCUCCAGGUAUGUGGCAGUGAGUACCUCAGUGGUGAUCCAGCAGCUGCUGUCAGAGCCCAGCCCGAAGGCCCCCAAAGCUCGUCCCUACCGAGUAAGCAAUGCUGACAGGAGUGUGCGGAAGGGCAUCGUGGCGCACAGUCUCAAGGACCUCCUCCACAAGAGUAUUAACUAUGAAGGCAGGUACCAAGAGGUCCGAGACACCCUGAUGCUGGCAGACAAGCCCUUCUCUCUAGUGCUGGAGGAAGAUGGCACAGUUGUAGAGACAGAAGACUAUUUCCAGGCCCUGGCAGAGGACACAGUGUUCAUAGUGCUCCAGAAGGGACAGAAAUGGCAGUAUUCAUCAAAACAGGGGUACCAACUCUCCCUCUCCCACAAACCUGCCAAGAAGAUUGAUGUGGCCUGUGUAACCUUUGACUUGUACAAGAUGAACCCACAGGACUUCAUUGGCUGCCUGAACGUGAAGGCAACUCUCUAUGGCACAUACUCCCUUUCCUAUGAUCUACACUGCUAUGGGGCCAAGCGUAUCAUGAAGGAAGCUCUUCGCUGGGCCCUCUUCAGCAUGCAGGCCACAGGCCAUGUGCUGCUUGGUACCUCCUGUUACAUGCAGCAGCUCCUGGAUGCCACAGAGGAAGGGCAGAACCCCAAGGGCAAGGCUUUGUCCCUCAUUCCGACCUGUCUGAAGAUAAUGCAAUGA